AUGACGUCAGUCGGCGCGAGUGACGCACGUCGGGAAGUUGCUAUCAGUACCACCUCCAACAAUCAUACAAACAACAAUAGCUCCAACGACGCUGCAUUAUCGUGGAGCAAGACCAUCGUGGAGUCCCUCGGCGAGUUGCUCCGCCACCUUCAACUGCUGCGCGUUGCUGCGACGGCGGACGAAAGACAUUGGCACGGGGGGCACAUUCACGAAGUGCCGCCGCAUAUCCAGCAGCGACCGAUGCAUAUGCACGGAAGCAGCUCUGAUACUGGUACUGCUACUUCUGCCUCUGUCGCUGUUCCCUGUCCUGGUGUGUCACUUGAAACUGUGGCGCUCCUUACCGAUUGUGUGGAGUGUGAUGUAAAGCGGCUUCUACCUGUGACAAUGAAAUCAUGCGAUGCCUCAGCGGAGGGCAUGCAAGUGCGGUUCCACUUGCUCGAGGUCCUGAACUCCUGUUCGGAAUGUAUCUCCAUUUCCAGAAACAACAGCAGUAGUGGUGCUUUCAGCGCCGCCCGCCAUGCAUUGCCAUCUCUACUGGACAAUGUCGUUGCUUGCGUGAAGGUGGCGCUGGACCGCAUGCAGAGCAGCAACGCCACAAUCGUCGAAUCCACGGAGUCCGUGGUCGUAUGCUUAGAGAGUGAAACCAAGAGUGAGCAUGUGGAGCGCGUUCAUACAGGUCUACCCAUUCACCGUAAAGUUAUCCGCUGCAUCACGCGGUCCCUCCACUCGGUGAGCUGGUGGCUGCGGUUCGACAGCCGCGUCAUCCUCUCUGCUGCCGCGUUGCGUGUCAUGGCGGGGCUUUGGGCUGUGGUGGUAAUACUAGCAGUCACUGCGCUCAUCCUUGACCGAGGCACGCUGAGCGUCGCCCAAUCCUCUAAUUCUCUCGGCGACGGUUUCUUCUCCCUUGGUGGUGGUCGUGUGAACAGAUGCAGCAUUCGUUUCGCUUUUGAUACCGCGCAGCUUGCCUUGACGUUGGGGCUCGGCUUCGUCCUCCUCAGGGCGCUGGCAGCGAAGACUUCCGAGCAGGCCGCCGUUGAGGCGCUGUUGGACAAUAAAGCCUUGCGGAUGCGAAUAGACGAUGGUACAGCACAUGUUGUAGAGGGCAGGGCUCUUACGGAGGCUCAGCCUCCGCUCUCGGUGGCUUCCCCCGAAACUCCAAGGUAUGUACACUCAGUUGAUUCAAAGCAGAAGGAGGAACAAGAAGAGCAACACCAGCAGCAACAGAAUACGGAAGUUGAGGCAUUUUCAUGUGGUAAAGCGUUUGAUGUAGGAGCCACAACCUCGAGUUCGUCUCCCCUGCCGUGGAACCACCAGGCGUCUUUGCCACAACUAGCAAUGAUGAGUAAUACACCGGUUGUAUUUCGGCCCAUUCCCACUGACGCAGACAACAACAGCGAGGCGGCAGCUACACCCGACGAGGAUGACGCCGGAUUUGUCUUUCCUCCACUGUGUGCACAGGCGGAGCGGGAGGUGCCUCGGCUACUCGGUGAGGUGCAGAGUGGAGUUGCCGACAGAUACAACGAUUUUGCUCAGUUUCUCCAUGUGGACCGUACAGCGAAGGUAUGCCGCCACCUCGUAGAGAAUGUACAAGACUGCGUGUGUCCACUGGUUGUGGUGGAAUGCAGCAACCUUCCCACUACAGGGCGCAGCAACCGCAGGUCCACGGCCAGUGCGCCGAAAUACCCCGUUGUUUAUUGUAAUUUCGCCGCUCUCGAACUCCUCCAUUACCGCUGGCUGACAGAUGUCGCUGGCAAAGAGUUGAAGAGUGUCCUGAGUCUCUACCGCAGCGCAAGACGGCCGACAGGGAAACGGCGGUCAGGGGGCGGGCGGAAAGUCUCCACACUGCCUGCUCUGCCGCAAACGCAGCACCAGACAUCGCACGGCCGCCUCUUUCUGGUCCCAGCUCCGCCGUCGCAACAGCAACAACAAAAACAGCGAGAGAAGCGGCAGCGUUUGGAGGAAAUUUCCGACAUCAGGUGGCUAUUUGAAGAGGGUGUGGAGGAGCAACUUACGGUGCUUGUGACACAGAAGGCAUCAUAUUUUGACGUGUACGCUAUGAGCAUCAGCCAGGUGACGCUGCCGUCCUCCUUCUGUGACCCAACACAACACACCACACCCCACUCUGCGGAGAAGUCGUAUCUGGUGCUGCUGUUUCUUCGUCCAGUCACCAGUGAUCUAGACGGUGUGCCACGUCCUGUCACCAGCAGCGUCGCCCGUGAGGAAACCAUACAGAGAACGAGCAAGCGACAGUCGACAGUUAGCAGCGACCCUGUUUUUUGUGUUUCUCCUAUUAGUAGUAUUAGUGGUGGUGGUGGGACGCAAAAGCGUGCUUCGACGACUGGCAGCAGCACCGUCUACGCGUUGGGCAAUUCAGCCCCACUUACCACUGAGCGCGACGGAGCCGAUGUAUUACCGCGGCACAGUUUGACAAAUCAGCGCUCCCAAAGCACACGAACGGCAGCGGCGGUGACGCACAAACGCUCUAAGCGGCGCUCCACGACAAAGGGGUCUUGGUCGCCUAUGUCAGUGGAGCGUGGUCACGUUGUGGACCAAAUCACGGCACAUCAGCUACGCCAGAAGUUGGAGAGUUUGACAGCAGUGCGUGAGGUAGAGGUGUCGACGGGUGUUCCGGAUACCUUUCUCCUCAACUUUGUUGCCCUUAUGAUCUUCGUUCACAGGAUGCUGAAGAGGCACAAGCGAGUGAAGUGCCGCGUGGACGCAGAAAAUAUGUUUAUUAUCCUUGAAAUAACGGCGGAGGACGGUGUCAGAUUUAUCAGGGGCGAUAGGCGUUCCAUGGACGAUGGUGCCUCUUCCUCUUCGCAUGAUGUUACAACAAGCGACAGCGGGAGCAAAGGCAGUGGGACGCCCGAUGGGGCUAUUGGUGCGUUUCUCUCACCCAGCCUGUUGGAAUACCUGCAUGUUUGCGAUGCCUCCAUUCAUCUCAACCCGAAUGGCUGCAUUAUACGGUUUCCCUACACCACAAAUGAGCGUCUGGCACUCAUGGGGGAUGUUGGCACGCUGCAGCUUUCUACUGUCAAGGGACUCUCAUUGUUUGGCGUGGCCGCCACGAAUGCACUGACAGAGGAAGCCUUGGCGCUGACAAGUGGAGAGAUGAUUCACUUGGACCAAUAUGCUGCGGCUGAAGAGGCGUUCUCAGAGGCGAUACGCAAGACCAAAUCACUGCCACCACGAAGAAGGGAUGCCGGCGUCAAAAAUUUUCCCCCGCCCAUGAACAAAGGCGGCAACACAGGACAAGAAGGCAAUAAUGUAUUCUUUUUUGGUGUACCACUGGUGCAGCCGAUGGAGGAAGUGGCAGGGUCUUCGUUGGACAGCAUGUGUGGAUUACCUUUUGUAUUGGGUGGUCAUGUGGUAAGGAGUUUGGAAGGCACUGGUAACGCUGCGGUGGCCGAGACGGUGGCAGCGGCGGCAGCUCAAGAAGCGGCAGCAGCAGCAGUGACUGCAGCUUCAGCACGGGCAUCUAAGUCCUGCUCAGAUGCAGCUCAAUCAGCGUCCCCUGAUUGGCCGUCGGGUUCAGGACAACAGCGAGUUGAUAAUAUCUUUGGUAAAUCCCACACACGUAGUGGCAGCGAUGCUAUGGGAACAAGUAUUUCUUGCAAUAGUCCCCUUGGAGCCAAUGUAACGAGUUACUGCAAACGGUACCUUCACGUAUUUUUGUAUAUGAAGGAACACCGACCGGACGUCAUACAGCAGCUCUGGGCAAGAGGGCAUUCGGCAACAGUAGUGACGGAUCCUGCAGUUAUGAAACGUUACCUGCUCAUUGGCAUGAAUAUCUUUGAUGUAGUCUUCAUCGAGUGGAAUGAGAAACUAGUGAAGCCAGAUAUUCGCGACCUCAUCGCCGCUGAUUCGGGAAAGCAGUCGACUACGUUGUAUCUACUCAACGAGGAUGUCUAUAGCCUUCCGCUGCCACCAGGAACACCCGAUGAAGCGGUACUGCGGAUGCGUGACAUUGCGGAUAUCUUCACUGAUCCUGCAAUUGGCCACAACGUGAGUCUAUAUAUCCGGCAGCGCCGGCUUCGUCACGAGAUGGUGCAAAUUCGCUGGCGGAAGAGCUACCAGAUUGUUCGUCAGAUUGGCGGUGGUGCAUUUGGGGAUGUAUACGAAGUUUAUGUUUUCGUGUCGCGCGGACGCUUGGCAAUGAAGCGUCUGUUCCUCAAUGGUGCUAAUAACCACGUUCUUGAACAACUUAACCGUGAAGUGUUGAUAAUGAGCCAGCUGGAUCACCCGAACAUAGUCGGUUUCUCCCACUCCUCUAUGGAGGAGAACGCCUAUUGCAUUUUUAUGGAGUUAUGUGAUGGGACAUUGGAUAGUCGAAUACACAGCGACUCCGUAACGUCUCAAAACAACCGAAACCAGCAGCGACUGGGGAGCCAGCAGCCACCUUUGCCGCGGCUAUCGGCGCCUGCACCAUUUCAAGUUUCUUCUGUUUCUAGUACACCUACUACAUCCAAUUUGGAUUCCGAUGGAACUCUAAAGGGACACGAGCACCUCACAGCACGAGAGUUGGUACUUGUUCUACACGACAUUGCUAGUGGUAUAGCAUACCUUCAUUCCCAAGGCAUCGUCCAUCGUGAUAUUAAGCCUGGUAAUAUCCUGUUUGUCAACGGUGUAGCGAAAAUUGGCGAUUUUGGUAGCGCUGCAGAGGAACGCACCGCAAAACCGCUCACCAAUAUGAAAGGAACUCUGGCGUACAUGUCACCUGAAGUGGUGCUCGGGGAGCCAUAUGGAAAGCCCUGUGACAUGUGGUCGUUUGGGUGUCUGGUAGCGGAAGUUAUUGGGUUACGCCUCGGGCACCUACAGGGAUUGCACAUGCCAGCGCUCGUGGAGCUGUACAAGUCGAUUCCUCCCACAGGAAGCCUCCCCAUUACUGUGGCGAACUACAAGGGUGGGACGCUUCAGCACCACUACGGGGAGAGCACAGCGCAAAAGAUAUUGGGGGCGAUGAAGACCGCCUAUAAUGACGCUUGCAACGAACGUCGUGAGGCAGUGGCGCCGCGCCGCCGUGGUGCAUCCAUCACACGUCGCGACAAAAAUGACCCCUUCCACCAUGAAGACUCGGAGGAUACACAACAUCAGAGCUGCACGAGCUGCGAUUCUACACGUGCUGUGGCAUACAUUAGCACCAACAGCACCGCGUUCCUCGGCUCUGGCAAGGCAGAGCUGCCAGAGAGUCUUGUGGAACUGCUAGAGGCGCUCUUCCACCGCGACCCGCAGCAGCGCAUGACGGCGGAGGAGGUGCUCGACCACCCCGUAACAUGGGACGUGGAAUGGGUGGAGAUGGUUACGCGUGCCGUAGAGGAGAUAUGCCCGCUUGAGGCCGACUACGCAUCGGCUGAGGCCUCACACGGGGGGGAAUCUACUGCAGGGAUGGAGGACAGCUUGAACCUCUCCAUCAAUUCGACGUGA